CCUCGUAAAGAUUCGAAACAAUUAAAGCCACCUAAAACAUGCUCCUGAAAAUUCCCAGCAGCUUUAGUGACCACCCAAAUUCUGUCACUAAAGGCCUGAACGUCUGUAUCUAAAACCUCAGAAUUGCACCCUCACGAAAAAUCCCCAAAUUAAUCGAUCUAAUUCAAAGGGAUCGGGUUCCCUUACUUCUAGAACGCGAAAGGGAUGGGAUCAGGAUUGACUGUCGACUCCUACUUUCUUCCUCGGAUUGGUGGUGGUGGGGAUUUGUUGGCCGAGUGUCUCUUGGCGGCGAUUUCUUGGCUGGCGGAAGGAUUGAAUGCGCGACUUUGGGGAAUGGAAGGGAUCGACGAGGGUGGAAUAAUUGGAGGCGGCUGCUGUUGGAUUGGGGCGGGGUUUCCUUACCACUGCUCUCGGGAAUUGGACGAGCGGCGUGGGGAAAAUAGCAAGGGUUUUGGGGCUUAGCUGGAGGGUCGGGUUUGGGAAAAGUUAAAAGGGAGGCGGGGGGUUAGGUUUUAUAACAAAGGGACGAGGGUUUGGGGCUUGGGGCGGCCCUCUACCUCUCGGCCCCCUUGCUCUUUUUUUAUAUACAAUAAUAGUAAUAAUAAUGAUAAUAAUAAUUA